AUGGUCCAGAAGCAUGCACUGGCUGUUGAACCGCUCGAGCUGACUGUCUGCUGGCCAACUUAUGGAAUUGCAUUCUACUACCCUCGCCGACCUGAAGCUCUUGUUCCUUCCCGCCAUCUACCGACCAUGAAUAAACUGGCAAAUAUGCGGCACUGGUCCGAGAGGAUGAGCCCCAACUUCGGUAUGGGCGGCCGCCCCAACAUGCCUGGCAACCCCCUCAACACGCAUCCCAAGAAUGCGCCUCAGACGGGCCCGAUCCUCACCAACCCGCAAGCCGUCGAUGCCACCAUUACCUACUCCUUCAACGUCCCCUUCUCGUCCGACCUCGCCGGUCCCAAUACCGAGGAAAUCCUGCAUUCUACCGCCGAUGCAGUGCUCCGAUGGACGCACCCCGAGGACGCACCUGAUGACGUCCAGGUUCACGAGCUUCCCGUCCACACCUACAACCUCAGUAAUCUGCAGCAAUUGUGUAGAGAUCUGUCAGGUGGCCCUCUCCCCAUCGAGGCCCAGGUCAUUUCAACGGCUCCUAGGAACGGUAGGGCCCAGCAAAUUACCACCGUCUGCCUUUCCGCCUCUCCCGAGCUCGUCAACAAGAGCCGCGAAACCAUUCUCAACGAGAUUCCCAUUGCCUUGCGCUGUACCAUCAUCGACAUCGAUGGCAAGCUGGUCUGCGAUUUGAACGCCGGCGUUCUCAAGAAGCCCGUCAUCGAGACCCUCGAUUCCAUCUCCAGUUUCUGCGGUGUUGACAUCUUCCUGCUCGGGCCCAAGCUAACUCCCAUGGUUGAUGGCGUUUCUGGAGAUUCCGAGAUGCGCAUGGACCAAAGAUGGAGAAUCGCCAUCUAUGGUGAUAUUUUGUCCUCGGAGCAUGCCAAGGCUCGUGUCCUCAUUCACAUUGACACUCUGCUUGGUCGUGUCGUCGAUGCCACCCGAGUCGAACUUUCGCUGCAUCAACUUGUCUGCGGCCGCCAUCGUAAGAACAUCAAGCUCAUCGAGUCAUCCACGGGAACUGCCAUUUACUUUCCGCCGCUUUUCUCGCAAAUGUACCGCUACUGCCCCCCCAAUGCCAACCGACGUGACCCGGCCGAAAUUUACAUUACAGGUGACUCCCACCAGGCCAUCGAACUUGCCAAGCAAAAGCUCCACGAAACUGUCUCUCGUAUCCGCCUCUAUGUCAAGGAUGUCAACAUUCCUGCUGCCAAAAUUGACACCAUCCUUCUUGACCGCCUAGAUAAGGUUCGAAAAGUUCUAGAGGCCAACGGCACUUACAUCAUGUUUCCUCCCCUCGCCUGCCAACGCAGCAUGGUCCGAGUUCAGGGCAGCGAGGGCUUGCCCGUCGAGCGCACCGUACGCGAGCUCAUGUCCCUUGCUGGUCAGUUUUACUCGGCCGCCUGGUUCCUGCAGCAGCCCGACGCUCGACAGCUCCCUGGCCCAGCCGAUACACAGGCUAUGCUUGGUGAGAUUUGUGCAAAUUCGGAUGCUGAUGUAUCUUUUGAUAAGAUGUCCUUUACUGUGACUGGCUCUGAUGACGCUGUAAAGGCUGCCUUGACCGUCAUCUCGGACCUGAGGUUUGUCUCGCAGCCCCAGUACCAGAUUCGUGUCAAGAUUGAGUUGGCAAAUGAGCAUAAGGAGUUUGUCAGCGGCAAGAAGAAUGGCAAGAUCAACAAGAUUAUGGGGCAGAGCAACGUGCAAAUCAUCUUUGACGGUUUCAACGAAUACAACUUCAACAUUGACGUCAUGGCUGCCAGCUACGAAUCGCUUAAGCAAGGCCUGACCCUUGUCGAGCAGGAAAUGCCGGCAUCCAUUUCGUUCCACGUUCCGGAUCAAUACCACAAGCGAAUCAUUGGCAUCGGUGGUCAGCACAUUCAGCGCAUCAUGAAGAAGCACUCUGUCUUUGUCAAGUUUUCCAACGCCAUGGACCGAGGCGGCAUGGGCCGCGAGGAUGAUGAUCUCAAGGUUGACAAUGUCAUUUGCCGCACCCCUGCUCGAAAUGCUCAGAACUUGGAUGCCGUCAAGAACGAAAUCUUGGAGAUGGUCGACCGAGCAGAUUCCGAGUAUACGUCUCAGAUUGUCAAUGUGGAUCGCCUCUACCACCGCGAGCUCAUUGCUCGUCUUUCCGAAAUUGAUGAGCUUGAGCAAAAGUUUAAUUGCAAGAUCAGCUUCCCUAGCACCGAGCAAGCCAGCGAUGAAGUUACAGUCACAGGUCCCCAGUGGCAAGUACCGCACUGCGUCGAUGAGUUUUUGGGCAUGGUCCCUGACAAGCACGACCUCGUUUUUUCUUACUCUCCAGAGCUUGUCAAAUUCCUUGAGUCGGUCGACUUCGUUCACGACUUGGUUCCCAAGCUGAAGAGUCAGUACGAGGUAGCUGUCACCGUUCACCAGAACCCCGAGGAGCUCACGGAAGACGGGAAGCCUACCCUGACACUGGUUUGGGGCUUCACUCGCAACAAUGCCGGCGGCCUUCGUGAUGCCGUUGACUUCCUCGAGGCCGAGUUUGCCACUGCUGCAGUGGAUGCCACUGUCGUCAAGGGCUUCAUCCCUCGACCCAAAUCUGACUCCUUUGAAGACUCUCUGCAGUAUUUCGACUCGAAGCUUCUGCAACAUGCUCCAUCGUCGGUCGGCAGUGAGACGCCCACCAAGUCUGCCUUCGGAGCCGAGAUCAUUCGCGAGCGUAGUAGCAUCCUGGAUCGCCUUCGCAAGCCUGGCAGUAUGACGUCUCUCUCUUCAUUCUUGGACCGCAGAAAGAACAGCUCCCACUCCGCCAACGGCAGCUUCUUCAAGGGUUCGAGCAACGUUUCCAAGUCAUCACUCAUCUCGAUUGAGUCUACGCGCAGCUUCAACGCUGAUCGGAACCCCUGGAACGACAGCGGCGUCAACCUUGUUGACGAGGAGAACCCCUGGGGUAUUCGCCUUCUCGGCCCUGUCGAUGCCAAGCUCACUAUCCCCCACGGUGGUGACAUUACCCCCAGACACGGCACCCGCGCAUCCGGCGAUAGCGGUCGCCCCUCCACUUCCCAUUCUCUCAAUUCUGGAUACCCCGCCCCCAGUGGGCAUUUCCGUUAG